UUGUACAUAAAUUCCUUUUUCUUGUCAAAAGUUAACAAUGGCUUCCUUCAUUUCAACCUCAACCGCUCCUUCUGCUGCUACACUCUCUUUCACUGCUCCUAAUAAACCCCAAUGCUCCAUCACCCAAAUCAAUCUCUCCUCCCUAUGGGGAUCAAGAAUAGCUGUGCCCACCAUCAGAAUCUCAAACGCAGCAAGAAGGAGAUCAUCCCAGCAGAUCUUUAAAACUGCUAUUUCAUGCUCGAUUGUUGCUGAAGCUGAAACUCUGGAGACUGUCCGAAGCACAAUUGCGAAGCAGCUGUCAAUUGAUGAGACCACUGUCACCCCCCAAACCAAGUUUGCUGAUCUUGGUGCUGAUUCAUUGGACACUGUUGAAAUAAUGAUGGCUCUGGAGGAGAGGUUUGGAGUGUCGAUUGGAGAAGGUGGUGCAGAGAACGUUGCAACUGUACAAGAUGCUGCUGACCUCAUUCAGAACGUCAUUGCAGAUGCUGCUUAAUUAAUUAAUUAAUAAUUAUAGUAAUAAUAUUUAAAUUAAAAAUACAAUAUUUCUUGUUUUGUUUUGUUUUGUUUUUUUUUUAUUUGUUUUUAUAAAUUUUGGUCUAAAUUGGGUGACAAUGAAACAAUCAUAACUAAGUUGAUUAAAUGAUUGGCUUGAUAAUCACAAUAUUUUAAGUUUGACUUUUUGGUUUGAAAUGGUCAUAUAUUAGCGUGUAAUUUUGCUUCCAUGUUUCAGAAUAACAAAUAAGUGAAAGUGGAG